AUGUAUAUUCUUGUCCAAUGGGUUGAGAAGCCAAACGAAAUUACAAUUAUGGAGCAAGCAGAAAAUGUAAAAUUAAUUAACGAAGGAGAAAUUGUUGAAAUUGAUUAUCCUAAUAAAGGAGUUUUUCAAGCUACUCUUCUUCGCAGGAGUGAGGAUGUGGAUGAGAAAAAAGUUAAGAAAAAUGGGAGUGAGAUAAAUACUACAAAAAUUAACAACCAUAGAAAAGAAAAAGAUCAAUUUGAUAAUAAAUUUACAAAGUCAGCACCAAUGAAAAAAUAUAAUGAUACAAAAUUGGAAAGCCAAUCGAAAGCAAACAAAGCUGUUUUAUCAUUAAAGGAAAAGAGUGAAGUGGAAACACAUGGAAAAAUAGUGGAGCAUGAUAUGGAUGGAUCUAAUAUGACCUAUUUGUUUGAGGGAUCAAAAGUUCUUAUAAACAAAAAUAAACUAUUUUUAUUGAAACGAUUCAAAAGUAAUCCUCGAGAAUUAACUCGUAAACUUAUGCUGGAACUGGUGGGAGCAGAAAAAUUAAAAACCAUGACAGCACAAGGCAAAAAAGGAAACGCAAUUCCUGAAGAAAUAAGGAUUGAUGUUUUCAAAUACGUACAAGCGAGAAAUAAGAAUUUUUCCGAAUUCGAAUUUACAACUGUCCUCAACUAUCAAUGUGGAACAUUAAGAAAUCCUAAAUUAAAAAAAGAAAAUGACAGGAAGAAAGAAAAGAAAAAUUCGAAUGAGGAAAAUAGUUAUGAGAAAGAGAAAAGUCAUAAUGAAGAAAAUGGAGAACGAACAGAGGAUGAACAAGAAGAUAAUAAUAAUGAACAAGAAGUGGAUAGUGAGCAAGAAGAAGAUGGUGACAAAAAAGAAAAUAGCGAGCAAGAAGAAGAUAGUGACGAAGAGAAUAGUGAGCAAGAAGAGAGUAGCGAGCAAGAAGAAGAUAGUGGUAAAGAAGAAGAUAGCGAGCAAGAAGACGAUAGUCAAGAUGAAAUGGAUAACAUAUUUUUACAAUUUCAUGUUCUUGUAUUAACUUUAUAUCCAUUCCGCGAGGAUGUCUAUGGAUAUCCGAUGACCCGCGACGCUGCGUAA